AUGGAGAAGAAGUUAAGGAUAAAGAAGAAAGUAUGGAUGGGGAAGAAGUUUGGAAUGGAGAGGAAUCUACUAAUUAAGGAAGCAGAAGAAGUUAAGGAGGAUGGAGAAGAAGAUAGGGAAGGAGAAAAAGUGAAGAAUGAAGAACAAGUUAGUGAAGGAGAAGAAGUUAAGGAUGGAGAACAAAAGUUAAGGAAGAAGAAGAAGAAGUUUUGGAUGGAGAAGAAGUUAAGGGUAAAGAAGAAAGUAUGGAUGGGAAAGAAGUUUGGGAUGGAGAAGAAGUUAAGGAUGGAGAAGAAGUUUGGGAUGGAGGAGAAGAACCGAAGUACGGAGAAGAAGAUAAGGAAUAAGAAGUUUAGGAAGGAGACGAAGUCAAGGAAGAAGAAGUUUUGGAUCGAGAAGAAGUUAAGGAUAAAGAAGAAAGUAUGGAUGGGGAACAAGUUUUGGAUGGAGAAGAAUGUACUAAUUAAGGAAGCAGAAGAAGUUAAGGAGGAUGGAGAAGAAGUUAGGGAAGGAGAAAAAGUGAAGAAUGAAGAACAAGUUAGGGAAGGAGAAGAAGUUAAGGAUGGAGAACAAGUUAGGGAAGGAGAAGAAGAAGUUAAGGAUAGAGAAGUAGUUUGGGAUGGGGAAGAAGUGAAGGAAGGAGAAGCAGUUGAGGAAGAAGAAGAAGAAGUUUUGGAUGGAGAAGAAGUUAAGGGUCAAGAAGAAAGUAUGGAUGGGGUAGAAGUUUGGGAUGGAGAAGAAGUUUGGGAUGGAGGAGAAGAACCGAAGUAUGGAGAAGAAGUUAAGGAAGAAGAAGUUUAG